AUGGCAUCAGUGAAGGUGGACCCGACAUCACUGGUCAUUGGAGUUGGACUGGGCGCCGUGGCCGCCUUUGUUGUGGCCAAAGCCACCAUGAAGCCCACGCCGGUGAACCCCGGGAUCGAGAAAGCAUCCCCGAAAGUUGCCACAGUCAAAACGAUAAAGGACAUCGAGGAUGCCCUGAGCAAAAGCAGCAACGGCAAAGUCGCUUUCUGCCGCUGCUGGCGCAGUGGCAAGUUCCC